AUGGUCCCUGUACAGUCUUUCACAGGUGGGCUGCUGGGCACAGGUGGGGCUGCUGGUCACAGGUGGGGCUGCUGGUCACAGGUGGGGCUGCUGGUCACAGGUGGGGCUGCUGGUCACAGGUGGGGCUGCUGGUCACAGGUGGGGCUGCUGGCCACAGGUGGGGCUGCUGGUCACAGGUGGGGUUGCUGGUGCUGGUGCUGGCGGCUGGCGCUGGUGCUGGUUCCUGGUGCUGGCAGCUGGCACUGGGGCUGGUUCCUGAUGCUGGCGGCUGGCGCUGGGGCUGGUUCCUGGUGCUGGCGGCUGGCGCUGGUGCUGGUUCCUGGUGCUGACGGCUGGCACUGGGGCUGGUUCCUGGUGCUGGCGGCCGGCGCUGGGGCUGGUUCCUGGUGCUGGCGACUGGCGCUGGGGCUGGUUCCUGGUGCUGGCGGCUGGCGCUGGGGCUGGUUCCUGGUGCUGGCGGCUGGCGCUGGGGCUGGUUCCUGGUGCUGGCGGCUGGCGCUGGGGCUGGUUCCUGGUGCUGGCGGCUGGCGCUGGGGCUGGUUCCUGGUGCUGGCGGCUGGCGCUGGUGCUGGCGGCUGGCGCUGGUGCUCGACCGCCGGUGCGACGGGCGAGGUGCAAGGUGGCGCUGGCUGCAGUCGAUGGCGCAAACGCGAUCGCGGGCCGCUGGCGACUUCGCUGGCGGGUCGCUGGCGGCGGGUCCGCUGGCGUUCGCCAUAG